GUAACUCUAGCAUGUGACUUUCCGCCGGCCUGAGUCCCGCAGCUGCUUUUCAUCACCCAGCUCUCCAGCCUGCAAGCUUCAAGCACGACCAAGCUAGUGAAGUCACAGUCCCCACGGGUCCCAGGACCCGGCCUUGGAGGUUAGUUUCACGCGACGCAAAGGAAGAUGGUCCCUGCGGCCGUCAAUUUCACUGCGCCUGCGCACUCUAUUCUUGAACAAACGCCGCGCUGAGAAAUUUGUCCCAGAUGGCUUACCAUCUGUUUCCAAGGCAACCCAGGAGCCUCCUGGCAACGGCACGCGGCCUACGCGGGUCUCCCGGCCCAGCGGCGCGAUGGCUGCUGCGAGUCCCAGCGUCUUCCUGCUCAUGGUCAACGGGCAGGUGGAGAGUGCCCAGUUUCCAGAGUAUGACGACCUCUACUGCAAGUACUGCUUUGUGUACGGCCAGGACUGGGCCCCCACAGCGGGCCUGGAGGAAGGGAUCUCACAGAUAGCAUCCAAGAGCCAAGAUGUACGGCAAGCGCUGGUGUGGAACUUCCCUAUCGAUGUCACCUUUAAAAGUACCAACCCCUAUGGCUGGCCACAGAUCGUGCUCAGUGUGUAUGGACCAGACGUGUUUGGGAACGAUGUGGUCCGAGGCUACGGAGUAGUGCAUGUACCCUUCUCUCCUGGACGAGGAUGCCGGAGCACUCCUGUUCUGUGUCUGAGGCCAGCAAGUUCCAAGUGUUCCUCAUUGGUGUUUUCCUAUGUCCUCAGCUGGUUCAUGGGACGGCGGCCAGAGUACACAGACCCCAAGGUGGUGGCCCAAGGUGAAGGCCGAGAAGUGACCCGUGUCCGCUCUCAGGGAUUUGUCACCCUCCUCUUCAAUGUGGUAACCAAGGACAUGAAGAAGCUGGGCUAUGACACUGGGCCUGUGGACACACAAGGAGUCCUGGGUCCCAGCCUGCCACAGGGCAACCCACAAUGAAAGCAUCAGCCUUUCUGUCCACCACCGUGGCCCCAGGACCCCAUAGACCACAGAUAAUCAAGGACUAAAGCAGCCUGACUGUGAAGUUGGAGAGUUGAAGAUAGUUUUCUAUAAUAAAGUUUCACAUUUUUUCAGAAA